GCGUUCUGUCUCCUGGAGAUGAACAACAUGGGACCACGCAGCCGUCAUACCGCUCAGGAAGGAGACACGUUUUGUCUCCUAGAGAUGAACAACAUGGGACCACGCAGCCGUCAUACCGCUCAGGAAGGAGAUGCGUUCUGUCUCCUAGAGAUGAACAACAUGGGACCACGCAGCCAUCAUACCGCUCAGGAAGGAGACGCGUUCUGUCUCCUAGAGAUGAACAACAUGGGACCACGCAGCCGUCAUACCGCUCAGGAGGGAGACGCGUUCUGUCUCCUAGAGAUGAACAACAUGGGACCACUCAGCCGUCAUACCACUCAGGAAGGAGAUGCGUUCUGUCUCCUAGAGAUGAACAACAUGGGACCACGCAGCCGUCAUACCGCUCAGGAAGGAGACGCGUUCUGUCUCCUAGAGAUGAACAACAUGGGACCACUCAGCCGUCAUACCACUCAGGAAGGAGACGCGUUCUGUCUCCUAGAGAUGAACAACAUGGGACCACGCAGCCGUCAUACCGCUCAGGAAGGAGACGCGUUCUGUCUCCUAGAGAUGAACAACAUGGGACCACGCAGCCGUCAUACCGCUCAGGAAGGAGACGCGUUCUGUCUCCUGGAGAUGAACAACAUGGGACCACGCAGCCGUCAUACCACUCAGGAAGGAGACGCGUUCUGUCUCCUGGAGAUGAACAACAUGGGACCACGCAGCCGUCAUACCGCUCAGGAAGGAGACGCGUUCUGUCUCCUGGAGAUAAACAACAUGGGACUACGCAGCCGUCAUACCCCUCAGGAAGGAGACACGUUUUGUCUCCUAGAGAUUAACUUACUUUGGUGCGAAAAGGGCAAAUCAAUCCCAGAACAACAACAAAAGGACCUUGUGAAGAUGCUGGAGGAAACAGGUACACAAUUAUCUAUAUCACAGUAAAACAAUCCUAUAUCAACAUAACCUGAAAGGCUGCUCUGAAAGGAAGAAGCCACUGCUCCAAAACCGCCAUAAAAAAGCCAGACUACUGCACGUGGGGACAAAGAUUGUACUUUUUGGAGAAAUGUCCUCUGGUCUGAUGAAACAAAAGUAGAAUUGUUUGGCCAUAAUGACCAUCAUUAUCUUUGGAGGAAAAAGGGGGAGGCUGGCAAGCCAAAGAACACCAUCCCAACAAUGAAGCAUAGGGAUGGCAGCAUCAUGUUGUGGGAGUGCUUUGCUGCAGGAGGGACUGGUGCACUUCACAAAAUAGAUGGCAUGAUGAGGUAGGAAAAUAUGUGGAUAUAUUGAAGCAACAUCUGAAGACAUCAGUCAGGAAGUUGGUCGCAAAUGGGUCUUCCAAAUGGACAAUGACCCCAAGCAUACUUCCAAAGUUGUGGCAAAAUGGCUUAAGGACAACAAAGUCAAGGUAUCACAAAUCCCUGACCUCAAUCCUAUCGAAAAUCUGUGGGCAGAACUGAAAAAGCGAGAGCAAGCAAGGAGGCCUACAAACCUGGCUCAGUUACAGCUCUGUCAGGAAGAAUAGACCAAAAUUCACCCAACUUGUGGAAGUUUGUGGAAGGCUACCCAAAACGUUUGAACCAAGUUAAACAAUUUAAAGGUAAUACACUCAAUAAGUAUUUGGUAGCAUGUAAUCUUCUGAUCCACUGGGAAUGUGAAAAGUUUAAAUAAAUCAUUCUCUCAACUAUUAUUCUGACAUUCCACAUUCUUAAAAAAAUGUGGUGAACAUUUUUUUACUAUAAUUAAAUGUCAGGAAUUGUGAAAAACUGAGUUUAAAUGUCUUUGGCUAAGAUGUAUGUAAACUUCUGACUUCAACUGUAUGAAUCCAAAACAAUCGAUAUGAAAUGUUCUACAGUAUAUGAUAAUGGGAGCAGUUCUCUGGGUUUAUUAAAUGACUGGACAGGUGUCUGCCAUGGCUGAAGUCUGUAUGGUUUAUUAAAUGACUGGACAGGUGUCUGCCAUGGCUGAAGUCUGUAUGGUUUAUUAAAUGACUGGACAGGUGUCUGCCAUGGCUGAAGUCUGUAUGGUUUAUUAAAUGACUGGACAGGAGUCUGCCAUGGCUGAAGUCUGUAUGGUUUAUUAAAUGACUGGACAGGUGUCUGCCAUGGCUGAAGUCUGUAUGGUUUAUUAAAUGACUGGACAGGUGUCUGCCAUGGCUGAAGUCUGUACGGUUUAUUAAAUGAGUAGACAGGAGUCUGCCAUGGCUGAAGUCUGUAUGGUUUAUUAAAUGAUUGGACA